AACUGAAAGAAGCCAGGCUCGAGAAACCCAUGGAGGGCGGCGAAGACAAGCCAGUCCGAUCUCCUGCCGCAGCGAUGGAGGAGGAGGUUCCGGCGGGUCUUACGGCGGAGGAGUACGCGGAAAUCCGGCCAAGGAUCGAGUCCCACCACAGGUACCGCGUCGGGCAGGGGCAGUGCUCCUCCCUCCUCGCCCAGCGGGUCCGGGCACCCGCCGCCACCGUGUGGUCGGUGAUCCGGCGGUUCGACCAGCCGCAGGCGUACAAGCACUUCAUCCGGAGCUGCGUCGUCAAGGGCGGUGGCGAGAUCCGGCCUGGGUGUCUCCGCGACUUAUGCGUCGUCUCCGGCCUCCCGGCGAGCACCAGCACCGAGCGGCUGGACCUCCUCGACGAGGACCUGCGGGUGACCGGGUUCUCCAUCGUCGGCGGCGAGCACCGGCUCCGUAACUACCGUUCCGUCACGACCGUCGACGAUCUCCGAGGUUGCGGCGAAGAGAUCUGGGCGGUGGUGCUGGAGUCGUACGCGGUGGACGUGCCGGAUGGCAACACGGAGGACGACACCAGGUUCUUCGCCGACACCGUCGUCCGCCUCAACCUCCAGAAGCUCGCGACCGUGGCGGAGGCAAUGGCAGCGGCCGAGCCGUCGCCGUCGCAGCCGCCCGCGGAGAAGGGGAACUAAGAGGACCAACCCCCGCACUCACGGCCGACGACUCGACGAGAGAUGUCGGCGACGUGACGCAAUAACGAGGUAGUCUUGACCGUGUAAAUUUACAUAAAAAUCCUUCUACUUCAGUAAUAUCACAGGAGCCCCGGGCGGUGUGUCUCGGUUGCCAAUAUCUUGCCGAAGCAGGGGUGUCACAGUAAU